AUGCUGCUGUGCUGGGCAAGCCAGGAGGGCUUCGGUGACAUCAACCCGGCGGGGGGGACGCUGGCUUUCUGGAAGGUGGCGAGAAAUCGAGGGGUGCUAACCGGAGCUUUCGUGACGGCGUACAACUAUGCCGUCAUCGGUUUCCUUGAGGUCACCCUGGCCCCGCACCUGGCUCAAACGCUGUCAACUUCUCCGAGAUCAAUCGGCUUCGCCCUGGUGCUUCCCAACGUCCUGUACACCCUGACGGCCAUGAAGGCCGAGGACAUCGUAGACAGGCAGGGGGCCAGGCGGACGUUGCUGGCGGGACUUUGCAUCAUGAGCAUGAGGUACACGUAG